UCAUCGGAGGAUCUCAUGAAUCCACCACAAGACUUCCCACCUUCUUCAACAAUAAAACUUCAUCUCCAUGAAGCUCGUGAAUUGAAAUUCAUCAUGUACCGAGAGUACGGCUGUGGAGUUUCCUUCUCAGAACGUCUUACAUUAGGGUUAAGGGGAAGUGAUGCCAUCAGCUUUAGAACAUCUAGAGAGACAGAAGGUAUCUACUGUGACUACAUAGAGAAAAAGUAUGGCAAACCGGUUAUGUUAUCCGGUCCAAUUUUACCCGAACCACCUUCGAUUGGGUUGGAUGAGAAAUGGUCCAAGUGGUUGGACCGGUUCAAGCCAAGAUCUGUGAUUUUCUGCUCUUUUGGGAGUGAGUGUAUCAUGAAGAAGGAUCAGUAUCAAGAGCUGUUGUUGGGUUUUGAACUCACAGGGAUGCCGUUUUUGGUGGCAUUGAAACCGCCGGUUGAGGCGGAGACGACGCAGGAUGGGUUGCUGGAGGGGUUUGAGGAGAGGGUGAUUGGGAGAGGAGUGGUAGAGGGUGGAUGGGUGCAGCAACAGUUGCUAUUGGGUCACCCUUCUGUUGGGUGUUUUGUGACUCAUUGUGGGUUGGGUUCCAUGAAUGAAUCGCUGGUGAAUGAUGUACAGUUGGUGUUGGUGCCUCACUCGGGAGAUCAGUUUGUGAAUGCGAGGCUUAUGAGUGGGGACUUGAAGAUUGGAGUGGAGGUGGUGAGGAGAGAGGAGGGUGGGUGGUACACUAAGGAGAAUGUGUGUGAGGUUGUGAAGUUAGUGAUGGAUGAAAAUAGCAAAGUUGCGAAGGAGGUUCGAGAGAAUAAGUUGAAGAUAAAGGAGGUGUUUAAGGGGGAACGGUUUGAAUCGGAUUACAUAGACAGGUUUGUGGAGAAGUUGCAGGAUUUGAUCCAGUCGUGA